UGAUGCUAGUUUCAUCGAUAACUGCAGCGUUAGUAGACUCUCAUUCGAUUGCAGGUCCACAACAGUUGAAGAGGUGUAAUAACCAUGGAACAAAAUUAAUUGUACCAAAAUUACUUAAAAAUUAAAUUCACGUUUAAAAUGUCACAAAUAAUCUAGUAAAACCACGCAACAUCAUGGAGGUGUUCCAAACCGAUACACAUUACAUAUUCGUGAAGCGAGACAAGAGUCUCUGGUGGAAUCGCAAGACAUCGGAAUUUACAAUAAAGCCAGGAUGGGAUCUCAGCUCAGUCGAAGACAUCGAAUGUAUUGGUGUUACGCAUGGUAUUGUGGGCGUCAUCUCGCUGCCCAAUGUUUAUGAGCCGCACUUGGUGGUCAUCAAAGAGGCGACGGCCGUUGGUGCGCUCUAUCCGCCCCAUUUGGUGUACAAAAUCAAGUCCAUAUGCAUACUCAGUGCCGAUGAGCCGGACUCUGAGCUGUCUAACUGCACGAAGCACACGAAAAGCAACAGCUCCACGCCCACGCAUAGCGCCUCCUCAACUAGCAACAAAAACAACAAUGGGAGCAGCAGAGCUGCCCAAGCGCCAGGCACGAAGAGCACUAAGCUCUUCGAGGGCAUGAAUAAAACGUGGGGUGUGGUAAAGAGCGCUGGUAGCACAAUCAAGGCUACGACUCAGCAGGCAGCCAAUUUGGCGACCAAACAGGUCAAGAACUCGGUGGGGAUACGAGAGCCCAGGCAAAUCGAACGACGCAUUACUGAGGAGCUGCACAAGAUAUUUGAUGAGACGGACAGUUUCUACUUUAGUUUCGACUGCGACAUAACUAACAAUUUGCAGAGGCACGAGGUCAGGGCGGAUGAUGCGCAGCCACAGCCAGAUGAGCGGUUCUUCUGGAAUAUGCACAUGAUCAGAGAUAUAAUCAAAAUGAAUGAUAAAACAUGGAUACUGCCCAUCAUUCAAGGUUUUGUGCAGGUUGAAGCAAGCGUCAUAGGCAAUGACUGCUUUACACUAUCUUUGGUCUCACGACGUUCACGUCAUCGUGCGGGCACGCGCUAUAAGCGUCGCGGAGUGGAUGAAAAGGGCAAUUGUGCCAACUAUGUGGAAACGGAACAAAUACUCUCAUUCCGUCAUCAUCACUUGGCGUUCACGCAGGUGCGCGGCUCGGUGCCCAUUUACUGGAGUCAGCCCGGGUACAAGUAUCGCCCGCCACCACGUCUGGAUCGCGGCGCAGCCGAAACGCAGCAGGCCUUUGAGCUACACUUUACCAAAGAGUUGUCCAUCUAUGAGCGCGUGUGCAUUGUUAAUCUGGUGGAGCAGAGUGGCAAAGAAAAGCUUAUUGGCGAUACCUAUGCGGAGAAUGUGAUAAAAUACAACAACGAACACAUUAUCUAUGUCACAUUUGACUUUCAUGAUUAUUGUCGCGGCAUGCGCUUCGAAAAUGUGUCAGCAUUGAUUGACGCGGUUGGCCCAGAGGCAGGUGCAAUGGGCUUUCACUGGAGGGAUCAGCGCGGCAUGAUUUGCAAUCAAAAGUCGGUUUUUCGAAUUAAUUGCAUGGAUUGUCUGGAUCGCACGAAUGUGGUACAAACGGCCAUUGGAAAAGCUGUGCUAGAGUCGCAGCUGGUUAAGCUGGGACUUUCACCACCCUAUUCCCCAAUACCGGACCAGCUAAGGUCACCAUUUAUGGCACUGUGGGCGAACAAUGGCGACAUUAUAAGCAGACAGUAUGCCGGCACCAACGCAUUAAAAGGUGACUACACACGCACGGGUGAGCGCAAAAUCAGCGGCAUGAUGAAGGAUGGCAUGAACUCGGCCAAUCGCUUUUUCAUUCAAAACUUUGCCGACUCGUUCCGCCAGUGCAUUAUCGAUCUGAUGCAGGGUGAGCUGCGGCAGGCAGCUGAAUUGAGAGAGGAUGAAGUACUAGAAACUAUUGUAAACAUACUCACACCCGAGUCACACCCACCAUUACUUGGCUAUUACAAUGCAGGCGUCCUGGGACCUGAGCUCAAGUUGCUCGAGUCAAUUGUCACUAACAGUUAUUACCUAGCACGGUUUAAGGACUCAUAUCGCCAAGCCACUAUCGAUCUUAUGCUGGGCAAUCAUGUCUCUUCCGAAUCGCUAAGCGCUUUGGGCGGUCAAGCGGCUCCUGAUGAAACUGAUGGCGAAAGUGCGGAGCAUGCCAAAAUGUUGGUGGAGGACUGUCGCCGUUUACUGUUGAGCUCAGAGCAGUAUCCAGUGGGCGCUUGGGGUUUAAUUGAUGCUGAUCCCAGCUCUGGUGACGCCAGCGAAACCGAGGUGGACUCCGUGUUGCUGCUAACCGACGAAUGUUAUAUUGUUGCCGAAUACGAUUCACAUCUGGACAAGAUUGUGCGUUUUGAGAAGGUGCAUUUGUCGCAGAUACGUCUCAUAGAGCUGGGCAUGCAUCAGCAAACGAAAAUAUUUCAAAACUCCACGCCAGCGUAUCUUUGCCUGCGCUUGAACUACUGCGUUGAUAAUCAAGAAGGAUACUUUCACAUGUUCCGCUCAGCCAAUUUACGAUUCUUUAACAAUUCGGCUUAUGUUAUAAAAACGCAAGAGGAGCUAACCGAAUCACUGACAUCAAUUGUGGAAAUGUUUCGAAUUGCUCUGGAGAAUGCUGGCAAUCCGGAUGUGCGCUUUGUGACUGGCGGUGUAUUGCAGCGACGCAAGAGUAAGCAGCCAUUGCUAGACGUGCCCAAAGGCAUGCCACGUAACCUAUCCGAAUCUCAGCUGGUGCAGUUGAGUUCCAAGGCGCUGUCUAACGUAGCUGGACAGUUCUCGAGACUAGGUCAGACUUUCAAGAAACCCUCGAGCGCCGCACAAACUGGAAACGUUGCCGCCACACUUAAUCCACAAGUAAUGCGUCAGUCGGAAGGCACUGUCUUGGACCUCUGCCAGGAGGCCGAGAAAGCCGUUUUCACGGUUGGGGGCAAGCAGCGCGCAAACAGCAGCAGCAGCACGGAUACAGAAGAGCACGACAAUAGCUUGUAUGAGCCCGAGAUGGACUCGGAUGUUGAGAUUGCUUUGGAUAAAGCCAACUACAAUGAGAACGCCUUCCUACCCUCAGUAGGCAUUGUAAUGGGCAGUCAGAAAGAGCAGCACAGCUCGUCGAAUAAAAUGCAGCAACUGGAGCCAAAGGAUAGCAUGUGCAAACCGGCUGAGGAUGUGCUCACUAUUUCUAUAACAGCAGUAACUGAUAAUGUAGGCUUGCCAAAUGGGCUGCUGGAAAAUGCUCCGCCAGUGCGUUCAAUUACACCAAAUCCGCAAAUAUGCGUUCAAGCUCAAGAGGCGCAGGAGGUGGAUGUUGAAGAGGACAUGCCAAAGCUCCAGUCAAGUUUUGGCGACAGUGAACUAAGCAUUCCCCUGGCCCAGCCAGUCAACAUUGAAGCCAACAAGCUUAAACAUCUUACCAGCCCACUAUCAAAGUUGGCCAAAGGAAUGCAGAACAUUGGUAUGAAUCUGGAUCCACGCCGACUAACCACCAGGACCGGCGCGCUCUCGCCCACCAGCGUAUCGGCGGAUAACUCUCCUCCAGAACGCGGUCCAGGCACCCGUGAUGUUUUGAUGGAAAUGUGGGAAGCUGAGAAAUGCAAAUCCAAGCUAAUAGCUCUAUGAAAUGAAAUGAAUGGAAAUUAACUUCAGCUACACCACGCAAUUACUAAUUAGUAUAGUGAUAUAAAGAAUUAUUAAUCAUACAAGUUAUAGCGCCGAAAGUUUAUUCUAGCUGUUUUACGUGGCACUUUUAUUAAAAAGGAAUUUAUUUACUAUA